AUGGAAACUGUCGCAUUGGAAACCCGUACUGAUGGAGAAAAGCUGAUGAAAGGACUCAAGUUAAUGAUCUGUUGCAAGUGCCGUUUUGUUCAUAUUAUUUGUAUAGAUACAACAUUAAACUACUUCUUUAUGGAAGAAAAAUAUCUUCUGAUAUGUGAUUUCAAUGUACAUUCGCUUCCUGUCAUUCUACUUAUCGAUAAAAUUGAAUUUGCAAAUGAAGGAAAAGAAAACUUGAUGAAAAUGGAAAAUUUUGUAUAA